AUGUCGAAGUUACAGCAUCUUCUACCGGUCAAUGGAGCUUGGAAACAAGAUGUGACGAAUUGGAUUCAAGAGGAUAUUCCUAGUUUUGAUUUUGGAGGCUUCGUUGUUGGAUCAGCCCUCAAAUCAGCUGCUCUUUGGAUGAAAGAAGAAGGUGUGCUUAGCGGAGUGCCGUUUGCUCAAGAAGUGUUCGACCAAUGCAAGCUAGAGGUUGUUUGGUUCUUUGAAGAAGGCUCCUUUUUAAGUCCAGAGGUGGGCCAGAAAAUACGGGUGGCAGAGAUUCGCGGGGAAGCACGCAACAUAUUAGUUGCCGAAAGAACAGCGUUGAAUCUGCUCAGUAGAAGCUCAGGAAUUGCCACAGCCUCCCGGAAUCUGGUGAAGGCCGCAAGAGAAACUGGAUACCAGGGUCUCAUCGCAGGUACGCGCAAAACUACCCCAGGACUCCGCAGGCUAGAAAAAUAUUCAAUGCUUGUUGGUGGUUGCGACACGCACAGAUAUGACUUGUCUUCGAUGGUGAUGCUCAAAGACAAUCAUAUAUGGUCCACGGGCUCUAUAACGCGUGCAGUGACGGAUGCUCGUUCCGUUUGUGGUUUCGCUGUUAAAAUUGAAGUUGAGUGCCAAUCCGAAGAGGAGGCUGAUGAGGCCAUUACUGCAGGUGCGGAUGUAAUCAUGCUUGACAAUUUCACAGGCGAGACGUUGCAAAUUGCUGCUCAGAAUCUAAAGCAGAGGUGGCAGGGCGAAAAGCAGUUCUUGUUAGAAUGCAGUGGCGGUUUGAAGCUCAGCAACAUCAACGAGUAUCUCUGCGAACACAUUGACAUUUACAGCACUAGCAGCGUUCACCAGGGCACGAAUGUGGUGGAUUUUUCCCUCAAAAUAGAAGUACCCAAUUGA